AUGCAAUAUACAGAGGUGGAUUCUAUUGUAGGGAAUAUUUAUGAGUUAGUUGAUAGCAAGAGUUGUGGUUCUUCUGAUGACAUUGAUUCUUUGCUAGAUUGGCUGAAUCCAAAUGAUCCCAAGAGUAACCAUCAGUUGAAACCGCCAACUAUACGUUUAAAAAAGGUUAUCAAGAAGAUAUUACUUGAUGUAAAUACUUUAGGUGAUUAUGACUCAAUAGAGACAUUGAAUAGUUUACUUCGAUAUUAUUACAUUUUUCAAGUUAGGCUGAAUUUUUUUAGUAAUUUGCAAUCUAUUACUUAUUUUAAAGAUAUCAUAAAAUUAGAAAAAUAUUACGAGUUUCCAAUCCUACAUGUUCCAAUAUUUUUGAACAACAAUUAUAUCUGGGAAACUGAGUUAAACAAGAUAAGACAUUAUUUAUUAAGAACAAACUUAACAUUCAGAAGUAAUUUAAUAAAUCGACUAAAAAAAUUAGUAAAAGAAGAUGAUUUUGACUUAGCACAAGAAAUCAUUAAGUGGUCAAAUGAAGCUAACUUCAGUUUACUUUCAUCAAAACAAAUCAUUUUAAAUGCAUUACUGGACAAAAUAACAAUGUACGCCGAUAAACAAUUUACCAAUGCAUGGAGCCAAAGAUUUAUUAUCAUGGAAACAUACAACAAGUUCAUAAACAAAUAUUGGAGUAACUUUGCAGUUCUCUUAAAUUGCGCUGAGGAUGAUCAUGAAAUUACAAAAGUAUUGUAUAAAUAUUUUGAAAAACAAUUCUUAAGAAUCAGAUCUGAAGAAAUAUUCGAUAUUUGCGUCAUAUCUUAUCCAGAUUCAAAACCAACCAUUAUGGAAUUAAGAGGAUUAUUGACACAAUCCAAAAUAUCCACAAAUAUACUAAUACGAUUAUUAUCCGAAUUUCAAUUGAAGGUUUUAAAUUUAAGUAUUCCCACUUGUACCAUUUUAAUUGCAUAUAUCAAGACUGUCAAAUCUUUAUUAAUUUUAGAUCCAACAAGUCGUUAUUUACAAUCAUUCACAUCCUUCACUAAUCCAUAUUUACAACAGAAAAGUGAUAUUAUUUACAUUCUGCUCUUUGCGAUAUUAGAUUUACGAACGGAUGAUAUCAAAACUAAUCCAAUAGUAAAGGUCGAUCAAAAUUUAUUGAAAUUGCUUUCAGAGGAACUAAGAGAGUCACACUUUGGUAUUAACUUAAACUUCUCAGAUGUUGAUAUUUCGGAUAACCUCGAAAAUGGCAAUAACAAUAAGAAUAUCUCACAACUGGACUAUGCAGGUCAGGAAUCUUCUCAACUCCUAUAUAGUCAAAUUUUAAACAGAGCUCUUACCUGGCUUCCUGAAUCUAAAUUAGUUUCACCUAAUAAAUCAAUUAAAAUGAUGAGGAAAAAAAACCUGCUAGAUAUUCUUUUUGCAAUAUUUGAUGAUCAUGAAUUGUUUCUAAAGAGAUUUGUAGAACUUUUAAAACAAAAGUUGUUUGUUAUCAAGGGUUAUAAUUUGGAAGAAUCUUGGGUGCAAUGUUUACGAUUAUUUAAAACUAAAUUUUCUCCUAACUCGUUAGAUGAUGCUCCAACAUCAACUAAUUUGGAGACCCUUACUGGAAAUAACGACAGUAUGUACAUGACUAAUAUAGAUGUUAUGCUAUGGGACAUGAGAGGUAGUAAAAAGCUUACUGAACAAAUGCAUCUUAUUGAUGAACUAGAUAACAGAAUAAAUUUGAAAAUUAUAUCAUCUUUAUAUUGGCAAUACGAUAUGAAGAAUGAAAAACGGAAAACGUAUUACGGCUUAUUAAAUAAAAUGGAUCAAACACUUUUCAAUCAAUUAGAUAAAUAUAGUAAGCUAUAUUCAAGAUUGAAACCAGGUAGGGUUUUAAAUUUAUUGACAGAUCAGUCCACGAUAGAAAUUGAUUUUAAUUUUGAAGACAAUAGGACCGUUACAUGCGAAUGUACAUUUGAAAAUUAUAUGUCAAUAUGUCCAUUUCUUGAAAACGAAGGAACAUCUUCAUACACACUAGAGGAAUUAUCAAUUAUAACAUCAUUUGGAUUAGAAGAUUUAAAGAUAUCAUUGAAAUUUUGGCUGGACCAAAAAAUUCUUUAUUUCGAUGGGAAAACGUACAGACCGUUAGAGUACUUGGAUAGGUCUGAGAUUAUAAUCGAAUCUCCAGAAUCGAAUAAUGUCAAUAGCGUUAUGUCCAUCACUAACAAUCCACUCAAUGGAUUCGCCAUUUUAGGUAAAGGAAAUGAUACAAUUGACAGACCAUCACAAGAGAACAUUACAAAAUGUACACCUGAUCACGAUAAAACUUUUAAUGCAACAAGCCAGGAAGUCUCAAAAAUAAAAGAGUACGUUUUAAGUAUUCUUACAAAUUUAGGAGAGCAAAAUAUCGAGAAAUUAUAUAAUGUCCUUCAAACUACUUCUCAUGAUACUGCAAUUAAGAAAGUAAGUUCCGUCACGUUAGAAAACAUCGUGACGGAACUAGUCGAAAACGGCCAGAUUUUGUGUCUUCCAAACGGUUUGUAUCAAUUACCUGAAUAA